AUGGGUCCAGAGAUCAUUCAUGAGUCCUUAGAGAAGAUCGGAGUGAUAAGGAACAGGUUCUGUACAGCUGGCAGUCGGCAAAUGUCUUAUGCAGAUAACAGGAAGCGGCCUUUAGAGUUUGAUGUUGGUGACAAAGUAUACUUGAAUAUAUCACCCAUGAAGGGGAUGAUAAGGUUUGGCAGGAAGGGGAAGUUGAGUCCGAGGUACGUCGGGCCAUACGAGAUUCUACAGUGUGUGGGUGAGGUGGCCUAUGAGUUGAUCUUGCCUAUGGAGAUAGCUUCUGCUCAUCCAGUCUUUUAUUUCUCUAUGUUAAAUAAGUGCCUUUGUGAUCCAGUAUCUAUUUUGCCUAUUGAAGGUUUGAGGGUUGAUGAAGACUUCUCCUAUGAAUAG